AUGGCGGACUUCGCCCUUGGGCUGACCAAGAUGGCAAUGGAGGGGACAGUGAGCAGGGUGAAGUUGGCGAUAGAGGAGGAGAAGAAGCUGAGGGUGAAGGUGCAGAACGACCUGGUGUUCAUCACCGGUGAGUUCGAAAUGAUGCAAUCCUUUCUCAAAGUCGCCAAUGUGAAGGGUGCCCAUAAUGAAGUGGUGAGGACCUGGGUGAGGCAGAUCCGUGACCUCGCCUUUGACGUUGAGGACUGCGUCGAGUUUGUUGUCCACCUGGACAAGAAGACGUCCUUGGGGUGGCUGUGGCGCUUCGGGCUCAUGGUGGUGUCCUGCGAUGCGCCACCGCUGCCCCUGGACAAGGCGGUCAACGAUAUAAAGGAUAUCAAGGCCAGGGUCGAGGAUGUAUGCCAGAGGAACGUGCGCUACAACCUCAUCGUGGAUUCUGGCUCCAACUCCACCAAGCCCAUGUCACUGGCUGAACAGCCAGAUCGGGCAAAUACAUGCCCAUCAGCAUUCCACAUCUUAAGAGAGGUGUGGGAGGACAUGGGGAAGUGUCGCAGCAACAGCAUGGCCGACCUUGAGAAGUUGAUCAAGAGUCAAGACAGUGAUCUUCAGGUGAUCUCGGUUUGGGGAAGCGCAGGAACAGCUGAUCUUGGGGUGGCGUCCAUUCUCAUGAAGGCAUAUAAUGACCCAGAAAUCUGCGAAAGAUUCAAUACCCGUGCCUGGGUAAAGUUGAUGACUCCUUUUCAACCUGAUGAGUUUAUCAAGAGCAUGCUGAUUCAGGUUUGUGUGAGGUCUAGCGAAGAUAACGUAGGUGCAGAAUUCCUAGCAAGGAUGAAAUCGGCAGUGGAUAUGGAAGAUGCUCACCUCAAGGCUAAACUCAUGCGGCAAUUGAUGAGUGGGCUGAGGUACUUGGUCAUCCUUGAAGAGGUAUCCACUGUGGUAGAAUGGGAUGUUAUCAAAUCGUACCUACCGGACAGUAACAACGGCAGCCGUCUCAUCGUCUCAACAAAUCAGUUACAGAUUGCACUUCUCUGCACAGGGAAGCCAUAUCAAGUAUCAGAGCUCACGCGGUUCUCUGAUGAUCAAUCACUGUGUGCCUUCUCCAAGAAGUCUGGGCGCGGUAGUGGAACACGUGAACUUAUUUGGCAAAUCAGAUGUCGCGGUGUGACUUCCGUGUGGGGGAGUACUGGUGAUAUCAAAUCAACUAUCGUCCAUAAAGUGUACACCAGCAUAAUGUACAAGUCCAAGCAAUUUGAGGGAGUGGAAUUUGAACGGCAUAGCUGGGUUGAUGUACCCGUUCCCUUCAAUCUGGAGGUCUUCUCCCGACGCUUACUUUUGAAUUUUCGUUCGCAAGACCUCCAAGUCGACGAAAUUGCAGCGGUUGGUAUGAUGAGAGACCCAGGCUUAACUGAAGAGUGUUGUAAAUUCUUGCGUGAGAAUGACUGCCUCGUCGUGAUCAAUGGUCUGCAGUCCACAAAUGAAUGGGACAUGAUUAAGGCUACCUUCUUAUCCAAGCCAAUCAAAGGUUGUAUCCUCGCCAUUACGAAUGAAGAAAGGGUGGCCGCACAUUGUAUAGAUAAUGAAAAUGGAGUACUCAGUAUCAAAGAUCUAGAAACGGACCCGGUUCUUCGUGCCUUGAUAAAGGGUUGUGAGUACUACGGAGUUGAUGACAGGCAGGCUUCUCGCACGGGGCGUUUUUUCUCCGCUAGAAGGGAAGAGGCACGUGACUGGCUCAAGAAACAUCGGAGUCAUCCAUUCAAUUUGAUUAACUUCUCCCGGCGCUUGCUUUUAGAUUUUCAUUCAGAUGAUCUACAGUACAAGAGAUCUGCAGCAGUUGGUAUUAUGGAAGGCCAAGACCCAAUUCAAGGGUGCUGUGAGUUUCUACGGAAAUACAAAUGCUUGAUUGUUGUUGAUGGUCUGGGGUCCAGGGAUGACUGGGACUCGAUAAGAGAUGCCUUCUUAUCCGAACCUACAAAAGGAUGUAUCAUUGUCAUCACAAAUAAUGAAAAUGUGGCCAAAUUUGGAGAUCUAGAGGAACAUCAACUCGAGAGAAACGGAAAUGUGAUCUCCGUGUGGGGGAUUGCUGGUGUUGGCAAAUCAACUCUCGUCAGAAGCGUCUUCUGCCACGCAAUGCUUGGUUUGCAGCAAAAAGUCCAGGUGCCUGGCACUGUAUGUACGCACAUCCAUGCUCGUCAUGGAUUUACAAUGUACAGUUGGGUAGAUGUGCCCCAUCCGUUCAACUUGACGGAUUUCUCUCGCUGCUUACUUUUGGAUUUCUAUUCGGAUGAUCUCCAAGCCAAGAAAGCUGCGGCCGUUGGCAUUGUGCAAGGCCAAGACCCAAUUCAAGCUUGUCGUAGGAUUAUGCAUCAACAUAAAUGCCUCGUCGUCAUGGAUGGUCUACGGUCCACAGAUGACUGGGACUUGAUAAAAGCCGCCUUCUUACCAGAUAGUGCGGAGUCACGUAUAAUCGUCAUUACAAAUGAGAAAAAAGUCGCCAUGCAUUGUGUAGGCAAGGAAGCACAACUAGUCAAUGUCAAAGGUCUUAACUCGGACUCGGCCCUUAAUCUCUUCAACAAGAUGACUCAGGGCUGCAGGGAAUUGACUUUAGAGCAUAUCGUAGCCAAGUGUGGCGGGAUUAUCAAAGUUAUAGAUGUUAUUGGAAAACUCCUCGCAAAAGAAAUAAUUCCUUCAGGAGGCCAAUCUCAGGACAUGUCUAGAGAAACAAAAAAAUUGUUGAAUGAUAUAAAUGGUGACUUUAUGGGAACACUGGAGAAGGACCCAAAAUUCCACUGUUUAAGGGGCUUAUUUGCUUGGAUGCAGUCUUACUUCGAUACCUUAUCCGAUUCACUCAAGCCAUGUAUCUUUUAUAUGUCUGUUUUCCCUGCAAAACGCAACAUCAGACGGAGGCGUUUGCUGCGGCGGUGGAUCGCGGAAGGUUACUCUCGGGACACAUCCGAUAGGGUAGCUGAGGAGAAUGGGGAAAGAUUGUUCUUGGAGCUUGUCAGCUUGAGCAUAGUCCAGCAUCGAGAAGCCAAUAAUAGUGCGUUACAUCCAUAUGAAGAAAAAGGGUCCAGCGUCCUCUGCCAAGUUAAUGCUUUCUUCCAUGAAUACAUCAUCUCACGGCAAAUGGAAGAUAACCUUGUCUUUGCACUGGAUGGGCAUUGUAGCCUCAAUUCGCAGCAUGCAGGACAGCAUCUCACCAUAAGGAGCAGCUGGGACAGAGAUGAGAUUGUAUUCAGGGGCAUCGAUGUCUCACGGCUAAGGUCGCUGACAGUGUUUGGUGUUUGGAAACCCUUCCUCAUCUCUGAAAAGAUGAGGCUGGUUCGGGUGCUGGAUCUGGAGGAAGCAACGGAUGUGACAAAUGAUCAUCUUGAGCAUAUUAGGAAGCUACUGCCUCGCCUUAAGUUCCUCUCCCUGCGAGGACACAAGAAGAUCAGCCUUCUACCAGAAUCAUUGUGUGGCCUGAGGCAGUUGCAGACUCUGGACGUCAGAGGCACCUCGGUAAUCAAGCUGCCGCUGGGUAUCUCAAAGCUACAGAAACUGCAAUACAUUCGUGCGGGCACCAUCUUGACAAAGGAUGAAGGUGAUGACACAGUUGCAACUUCACAAACAGAACAUGUGGACCAGAUAUCAACACCAGCCGAGGACACAGCCAGAGUCCAAGAAGCAGUAUCAGAUGGGGUCCGGGCAUCAACAACAUCAUCAUGGAGCAGGCCACAGACUUUGGUAUCCAGUUGGUUCUCUAAGUUCCAGAAGCCCCGACAAGAUAAUGGAAGUGUUAAGGUCCCUGCAGGGAUUGGAAACCUGACGGCCUUGCAUACUAUUGGUGUUGUCAAUGUUGCAGCUGGGAAGGCCGUCAUCAAGGAGCUUAAGAACCUUACCCAAUUACGCAAGCUCGGGGUGUCCGGCAUCAACCGAGAGCACUGGACGGACUUUUGUUCGGCCAUCUCGGGUUAUGCCCAUCUGGAGUCCCUGUCAGUGCGAGUUGAUCAGGAUAAGGGUGGUCUCUUCGCUCGUUUCGGUGGCAUCUCUAAACCACCCAAGACCCUCAAGAGCCUUAAGGCGUACGGGCAUGUCCAAAUAUCCCCUGUCUGGCUGCUUCAGCUUCAGAAUAUCAAGAAGGUCAAGUUUUCGUUGAGCAUAUUAACACAACGGGAUGUAGAAGAACUUGGUUUAUAUAGAUCACUAAGAAUUGAAAAUGGGUAUUGGAACAUGACCCGGGUCCUCGAGAUUGAGUGCACCUCGAGAUUAGAGCUUAGUUUUGGGGAGUUACAUGGUAAGGUCGAGGUGCUAAAGAUUCAGUGCUCCAGUGGGUCGUCUUUGCAGAUUUCUCUCCUAGAGAAUCUAAUUGGGCUCAAGGAAGUGUGGCUGAGCGGUUUCUACCACGACGAUCUCAAGCAAGACUUGGAGCGCCAGCUUUCCAGCCAUCCAAGAAAGCCUGUGCUGAAGACGGAGGAACCACGCUCGUCCUGA